CCCCCCAGCACAAACCUAGCCUGUCCCCUGCCUGAGCUGCAGGCCUAGCAGGUCUGGCUGCCUAAUGAUGGCAGCUGCUGGGGGCAACUUCUCCGACGAGGAGUUCUGGAAGGCUUGCGCCGAGCUCCAGCAGCCAGCAGUGGCUGGGAAAUGGGAGCUGCUGCUGGAGACCUCGGGGAUCAGCGUCUACCGGCUGCUGGAAGAGAGUACUUGGCUUUAUAAGUAUAAAAUCUUUGGUGUUCUGAAGGAUUGCUCCCCAGCUCUACUCAAAGAAGUCUAUAUGGACUUAGGCUACAGAAAACAGUGGGACCAGUAUGUUAGCGAACUCUAUGAAAAGGAAUGCGAUGGAGAGACCUUGGUGUACUGGCAAGUGGCGUACCCCUUCCCCAUGUACAACAGAGACUAUGUCUACAUCCGGGAGCUCAGGGAGCUGGAUAUGGAAGGGCGGAAGAUCUACGUGAUCCUGGCCAAGAGCACCUCCAGCAGUCAGUUUCCGGAAAGGUCUGGUGUGAUCCGGGUGAACCAGUACCAGCAGAGCCUAGCAAUUGAGAGCGACGGCAAAGCGGGCAGCAGAGUUUUCAUGUACUACUUCGAUAACCCAGGAGGCCUGAUUCCGUCUUGGCUCAUUAACUGGGUAGCCAGGAAUGGAGUUCCCAACUUCUUGAAAGACCUGGAAGAAGCCUAUCACAAGUACCCCAAGAAAAAAUAAAAGAGAAUUGGGACCCUUACAUAUGCAGAUUGACGUCUCUGCGGGUGCCACCACCUUCUGAUGCUCAGCCUUCCUGUCAAAUUUCCGCCUUCAGUGGUCUGCACGCCCUGCCUGACGUCUGGCUCCCUGGCCUGCUUCCUUUCCCACUCCUCCCAGCUCAGGCAGCUGCCUCCUUCUACCACUGAAUGGGGGACAGAUUAGGGAAACUUUUGCUUGUUUAUUUUUAAAAAAGGGAAGUCCUCAGUAGGGAACACAGCAUUCCAUUGUGCCAUUGUAGGGGGGAUGGGUGGGUAAAGACAACAGAACCAGAAUGAUCAUUCUUGGCAAGCUGGCCCUUUCCCAGAACUGCUGUCUUACAACCCAGGAGGGGCAGCUGGAAGUCACCCCUCUGUUCGAGCUGAUCUUCUCCUCUGUGCCAGACUGGAUACACUGAUAGGCAUGGGUCGUAUGCUUUGUUGACUUGAUUGUCGUGGGGUUCUUGGUGAUAAUCCUCUAAGUCUUUCCCUGCCCCUACUUGUGAGUGGCCAUGGCUGUUGUGAUAUCACAGCACUUUGAGAAGCAUUUGCAAGCCUGACUGGACACAUAACGUGAUGACCACUUUCCCCCCUCAUUGUUCCUAUCUGAGUUUCCCUCCUUCUUUCCCAUAUGCCGCUGGGAAUAGGCUGCCUUUACCUUUUAGCUCUGCAUUUUCCUGGAAACAGAGAUGUCAAGAUGGCAGUUAGCAAAAGCAAAUAUGCUUCGUGCCUAGCACUCUGCUAGUUUACCUUGGUGUGCAAUAAAAUAAAUUUCCCUUCUAGAAUGUCUGGAGACUUUGAAGUGACAAUAGUUUACAACCAGGUAAAAAUGAAUUAGCAGCCUGGUUGACUCUGUAACUUUUUUCUCAGGAAUUCUAUCUAAGUUUUCUGCCUCUUCUACCACCAAAGGGACUCUCAGAGUCCUGUUUUCUCUGGAAUUUUGGUAGGGUAAGAUAUGCUGUGGCUAAAGACACAGCACUGAUCUUCUCAGGGAAAAAAAUUUAAUUACUAGGUGUGAUGGUCCAAACCUUGGACAUAGAAAUUCAGGAUAUAAAGCCAGAGGACGGUAUUUGUUAAAAUGGAAUUCCUGUUUGUAUGCUUUCUCUCUGGGAAGAAAAGUGUAUGAAUAAAUAUGGAGUUGCUUAUA